AUGUCCGAAACAAACGAUACGAAAACUAAACCAGAACAAACAAUAAGUUUGAAUAACAGCAAGAGCAUCACGGUAGCAUUCAAGUUGAAUGGGAAAAACUACCCUCUAUGGUCAAGGCUGGUCAAAGUGAAGAAAGGAGGCAGAGGAGCGUACUCCUACAUAAAAAACGAUCCCCCAGAACCGAGGAGCGAGGGAUUUGACGAGUGGGAGGAGAACGACUUGGUGGUGUUCUCAUGGAUCGUCGAAAACAUCGAAGAUGAUACCAUUGCCGAUUUCGCACACCAUCAAACAGCCGAAGCACUGUGGGAUAGCCUUGCCAUGACAUUCGAAAACAAGACGGAUAAGUACCACAUCUGCGACCUGGAAGAAAAGGCGAUAAAUAUUAGACAGGGAAGUCUUGAUCUAGAGACGUAUUACCGAAGGAUCCACGGGCUGUGGAUUAACAUCGACCGAUGCCAGAAGCAACCAAUUAACUGCUGCGACAAGGGAGUAAAUCAGUUUCGAACGCACUCGAAUGAGAAGUGUUUAAUCAAAUUCUUAACCGGACUGAAUCAAGAGUACGAUUCAAUCCGGAGGGAUAUCUUGAAGGAGGAGCCGACCCCAUCAGUAGAGGCUGCCUACGGCUGGGUGAAGACGGAGGUGGCUCGACGUCGUAUCAUGCCACCGACAUCGCUUCAACCCACCGGAGAAGCCUACGUUGGAAGCACUGAUUCAUCAUUUGGGGAGGGAGGGGGAAUCGAGCAUGGGCAGAAGCAUACAUGGGAAACCUACUUUAAGUGGCUAGGUUAUCCGGAAUGGUGGGAGGAGCGACAGAAGGCAAGAAACUCCCAAUCGCAGGUGAAAUUAGCCGUUGGGGUAAACGGCGAUGGAGCUCGGAGGAACGAUGGGAGAACGACCUGA